AUGUGUAACCUCCGGGCUACCUUGGCACCACAUACCGGCCGCACUGGCGCAACGGGUCCCUCAGCACCUGGAGAACCCGAAGGAACCUACCCGGACUGCGUGCCACCAGACCCUCUCUCCCGUGGAGCCUACGUCUACACAUCCUCCCAUCUUCAUCCAGUCAUCUUAAACCAUAGCCUCCGAGUGUACCUCUUCGCUAGAAACCUUGCGAUCCGCGAACUUACUCCCAUCUCGCCCCCUCUCCUCUUCGUAGCUUGUCUCUACCACGACAUGGGGACGGCAGAGCCACAUGACGGCGCCCAACGAUUUGAGGUCGAGGGCGCAGAUGCGGCGGUGGAGUACCUGCAGUCUCACUCUCACUCUCACUCCCACGACUCCGACGACGACGAUGCGAUCACCGACGAGCAAAUCCACGAUGUCUGGGUAGCAAUCGCCUGCCACACCUCCGCCGGAAUCGCGGAGCGAAUUUCACCGCUCGCGCGGUUGGUGAGGUUGGGGGUGUUGAUGGAUUUCAAGAAGGGCAGUGCGCUGGCGCUGACGGAGGCAGGGGAGGUGGAGGAGCAUGAGGCGGCGCUCGAGCGGGGCGAGAUCGAGAUGAUCUUGAGCGUGGCUGUUGUGGAACAGGCUUUGCGGAGGCCGGGGGAGGAGCAGAUAGUGAAGGCUCCGCCUGCCAGUUGGCCGGGUGUGUUGGUUAGAUCCAAACUGGAGAACCCGGGGUGGGAGGGGAUCAAUAAGGCCUUUUGA